AUGUCCCAGUGCCUACUGGACAGUAGAUGUCAAUCCAGAUGGAUAGGCCAAGACUGCAUUUCUCAGAUGGGCAUCGACUUUCCAGAUCAUGAAGUUGCCAUUUGGGCCAACAGGAAGAAAUGUGUUUUUGCAACAGGAAAACAUUCAAAGUCCUGGGCUUCUUUAAGACUCGCCCAAGGGUGUGAACCUGACCCAGAUAAGGUGGUUGCAAUACAGAAGAUGCCUCACCUGACAUGCAAAGAUACGAAAGUUUGGUCUGUUUGUCAGCCUUGUUGUUACUUCAGCCGCAAAAUCAGGAAUGCUGAGCCGGUUACCCUGCAAUUGAUUGAGGAGACCAAACGUCUGCGGACACAACAUCGUGUCCCAGACCAGUUGAGUCGUGCAGCUGGCUGCAACGGACACUGCACAAGAGUGAAUCCAGACGAUCGCGCCGUCACCAACUUGAGGAUCCCUUGUGCAAAGAAAGAGGGUGAUUGGUUGGUUGUGCCAAAGGCACUUAGAGGCUCUGCCAUGCAUUUGGCUCAUGCAGGUGCAACAGCAGGUCACCCGUGUGUUUACAGGACGUAUUGUAAGCUCAGGGAUUACUUUUACUUCCCUAACAUGUUGGCCACAGUGAAAGAAUAUGUUGGUACAUGUCGAUCUUGCCAGAAACGUAAGGGCAUGGCUUAUCAUGCGCCUCUUGCUGCUGCACCACAGGCCAGUUACCCACUGGAAAGGGUAUCUGCAGACCUCAUGGAACUUGAAGUGACCUCACAAGGUAAUAAAUAUGUACUGGCUUUCAUAGACCAACUCACUCGAUACGUCCAGUUGAUACCUUUGCCAUCCAAGGAAGCAGAGACUGUGGCUGAUGCCUUUAUUAAUCAGUUUGUGACUGUGUUUGGGCCACCUCGCUUAUUACAAACAAACAAUGGCCGAGAAUUUAAAAACAAUCUAUUUAAGAGGGUUUGUGAGUUAGCCAGUGUACAAACCAUUUUCACUACUGCUUUCCAUCCCCAAGCUAAUGGGAUGAUUGAACGCACCAACCGAGUGGUGAAAAACGCCUUGGCAACACUUCUGGAGGCUUCUCCCUUAGAAUGGGAUAAACUUUUGCCAUAUGUUCCUUUGGCCAUGAACAGUGCAGUACACCGCUCAGUGGGUGAUCAGCCUCUCUAUUUGCUGACUGGACAUAUUGGCGCCUAUCCUGUUGGCAAUAGCAAUUACGAGGAGACUGAUCAUGAAGCAGCACAAUCUUUUGCUGCUAGGUUAAGGAGAGCUAGAGAGAUUGACGUGAGAGGAGUAGGACGGCGUGGAGCCCUUGGACCUCGUAGGUUUGGUCCAGCUCGUAUUUUUAAGAAGACAGGUCCUGUAACACGGUUGGUCAGAGUACUGCCUCCUCCUUACAAGGAGAAGAUUUACCACCUCAAUCAGCUGAGGCCUUACAGGACGAAUGAUGAACUCCACCUGCCAGAUGAUGCCGAGCUAGAUGAGGAUGGGGACGUGGACGAUCCUCCUCCUUUAGAUGGACUACCGGAUGAUAUUGCAGUUGCUCUCUUGGCCUCCUUUUGCCGACCUCCUGACGAUGAUUAG